GCUGUUUAAACCCGACUGAUAUGGAUCAGUACGUCGUGUUUCACAACAACAAGCGAGUGUGUCUCAGGGAAGAAGACAUGAGUGCUGAUAAACUCAGUCGCAUAUUUCAGGUCUCAUCUCGUAGUCUGUACAUGACUGACGACGCAAACGUGGCAUUGUUUCCUGGGGCAUCUGGUGUUUUCAGCUCAUUGGACCUCAAUCCAAGGACUCAUUAUGAGGUUCAUGGUGAGGCUGAGGACACCUCAGGACCUGCAAAUAGCACAGGGCAACGUUUUUCAUUUAUGCGCACGCCUGCAACCACUACAAGUUCAACUCCACAGCGGACUGCCUCAGCCCCCCCUCGAGCCACUGUCUCUAAAACCUUUCACAGAUCAGUGUACCUCGCUGAGGUGGUUGGUGGGAGGUUGAGUCCCAGCAGAACGGUGGUGGUCCGGUUUUUGGAAUGUGAGGCUACCCUGCAGGGGAUCAUCGGAAAAGUACAAGAUGCCAUUGGAAAUCAUGACCCUGUGGUGUUGACUGAUGCGCAAGGGAAUGCAAUUUUGGAGUCAGAAGGAACAACAGGGUCACAGUACUGGAAACAAAAUGCACGAAAGAUUCUUGCUGUACGAGAACAGGACUUCCAGGAGUUGCAGGACAAAAAAAGGAGGAGAACAAGCCGAAAAGAUGAAGAUGCUGCAGGCAUUGGAGAUGUCACUGAGAAAGUAGAAGAGCUUGUACUGGCAGACCAGUCUGGCUACCACUCAAAAAGUCAUCCUGACUCCGUCCCAGCUACAGGCCAUCAAGCAAGGGUUCUGCUGUGUUGUUUGUAUGAAGUUCAUCGAUGAGCCAGUCUUCACAGAGUGUUGCCGAAGCAUUAUUGGCUGCAAAACAUGUGUGGAACAGUGGCAGUUGACCUCUGUGCAUUGUGCAAAAUGUAGAGGGAACACCGAAGGCAGCAACAUAUUUGAAGUUAAUGGUCUGUCAGAGGCAUUUUCUGUUCUGAGAUCCCUUUUUGAAGAGGAGUAACAUUUUGCACUUUCAUACUCAAAUACUGUAGGCAUGUUGUGUUCUGUUGUAUUUGGAUCAGAGUUCUUGUACUAGUAAUGUGAAUUCAUUUACAUGUUUGGGCUGGAUGACAUCAUAUUACUGUUCACUGUUUUAGUGAAAUUAACAUUUAUCUUUACCAAACAUCCAUUGCCACCAGUUAAUUGUUAUAGUUACUAAUUUACAUUCUUUAAAGUUGUGGUUAUGAGAGAGCAGUGAAUCUUUGUAUGGAGCCAUGUUGUUGUCCACUGCUCUAGAGAAUUCUGAAAUGUCUGAAUAUUUCUCUGCAAACUGAUUUUCAACUCUCAAGUUUGUCCUGUUCUGUUGAAAAUAGAUCAACUCCAA